AGUUCACCGAGUAGCGCAAUCCGAACAGAAGAACGAUGGAGCCGUGGCUGGGCCCCGCACUCACAAGCGUCGCGGAUGGCUCCAAAUGAGCACGGAUCAUGGAUUUUCUUCCGCACCCCACCUCCGGCGUUGAGGCUCUGGAUAUCCCCUUCGUCGCCGACACGCCCUACGUCUUUGGCUCCGACUUCUGGGACUUCCCCAAACUCCACGGCUUCGGCAACCAGUGGGCCAGUCUGCCUGCGCAGCGUCUGGCAUCUCUAGCCCAGUCCUGGCUCUACUUCGGCACCAUCUCAGAGUUCCUUGGCAAGCCCAUCGAUUAUCGCGAAUUCCAAGUCUCGCGGAGCGUAUCAGGGAAGCCCCUGCUCCCGCUGCUCGACGAAUGGCUCGCCGCCCACGCCAUCACUGCCCACGGCUCGACAUCCCGAGACGCGAUCGAGUACGAAGACCGGAAGCAGCUGCUCUACGAGCAUGCCAGAUUUCUCGAUGCAGUCCUCCAGCUGGCCGAGGACUUCGACAAGGUAUCGCAAGGCCACGUCAAGCCGAUCCCAACCAUCGUCCUAUCUAUCAAGGUGCUCUGCAUUACCCUGAAGGGCGUGUUGUGGGAUUUGGCCCGGGGCGACAUCGACGAGACGCUCAGGCCAUGGCCCUCGCCCGCUGCCCGCUUGCGUCGUGAGGUCACCCCGGCGAGAGACAUUCCGGGGAGGCAACACCUGACUCCGAGUGCGCAGUUGAUGCUCGACGUGUUGCGCCUCCGGGGCUGGUGCCCGUUCUACGCACGGAAAGUCCUCACCCAGUACAACUAUGCCCUUGCGUACUACUUCACUCGCCUGUUCCGGACGUACUCCCCGGGUCUCAGCCACCAGAGCUGUACCGACGAUGAGUGUGUUGCUAGCAACGCCGAUAUUUUCAGCUAUGUUCCAAAACAUGCCCGCCGCGGCUGUCUUUGUCAGCCCAAGGCCGCGCCGAUGGAUCAGAUCCGCGCCAUCAUCGAGGAUGGAGGGAUACCCUUAGUUCGGCUGAGAGGCUCUUCCAGGACCGGGGUCAGGAUCGAAGUUGUGAGGAUGACCGCCCGAACGCGCUACGUUGUCGUCUCCCAUGUGUGGUCGGACGGCAUUGGCAACGCACAUACCAACGCACUUCCGGAGUGCCAACUACGCCGCCUCCAUGCACAUAUGAGCAACCUGAAACCCCUCAAGCAGAGUGUGGAUGGGGAUGCUGAGUUGAAUCUCUUGACCUCACUCGACGCGGGGUUCCAAACGGCGACGGCACGCCGACCAAAGUAUCUCUGGAUCGACGCUCUGUGUAUGCCGCCCGGGGGAGCGACUGCAUUCCCGAGGCUCCGUGCUAUCAACAAGCUUCCCGCGGUUUAUCAGGCCGCCGACCGAAUCUUGGUCCUGGACUCGACGCUGGAACGGACCUCCAUGGUGGAGUCGGACAGCGUCGAACGAUUUGCGAGGUUUGCAGUGAGCCCUUGGAUGGGAAGGUCGUGGGCCUUUCAUGAGGCAGCCCUGGCCUCGGCCUGCGAGGUACAGUGUGCCGACGGCACUUUCGAUGGCUUCUCGCCACAACCCAAAGAAAAGUUGGCAUCAUCUACCGCAACCGCCAGACGGCGACGACUUGCUUGGUUAGAGGCGCUUACUCAUCCUGCGAAUUGGAUCGAGAGAGCACUGCUGCGGAGACCGCAAACCAAGCCCGUGCAGUUACUCAGCGGCACUCCGACAAUGGGUGUUGGUAUCGAGACCUCCAUUAUCAGGAGCCUUACCCGGUCGCUCAGAGAGGAGUUCCGCUCGGCCUUCGCGAAUGGCGUCAAGCCAAACAGGGCCGCUAUAGGCCAGGGACAACUGGCGCCAGAUUUCUGUACGCUGUUUGUCCAGGUCUGGAACGAGUUGAGCAAACGCACAACCACUGUGCCGGGAGACAUGCAUAUCAUCAUGGCAAGCCUGCUCGGUUUCAAUACCGAGCCUAUCAUGCGUCUCUCCAAGUCGGCUGAUCGCAUGUCGUGCAUCUUGAGGAGCAUGGACGGAAUCCCAAUAUCUUUGCUCUUUAACAUGGACGGUCCACGCCAUAACCCAACGAGGAGUCACCGGGAUCGUUGGCUCCCACUGUAUCCCUCCAGACAACGACUCACUUUUGGAUCCACCUUUACUAAUAUCCGAUCCAUCAACGACGACCUGUACCUGCCGAAUAAUUCUGUGAGCCGAAGAAAGGUAGCUAUACUGGUCUGCACCGCUGACGUCGACCCGUUCUCGAGCUACACCUUCACAUUACGGGAUACGUCUACGGGAGACCAGUACUCUGUGGUUGUCCACCGACAAGAAGGGGAAAUGGACGAGUUUGCAACGCCCGAGAUCGGCCCCUACUGCAUUGCCGUCCAGCUUGAACCGGAGCUUGGCGUGCAGCCGAACGGCUACAUUGAGGGCCUCAGUCGCGCGCCAAAGACGUUCGCCGGCGCGUUAUUUCGCGUUCGCAGAGUCGUGACGAAUGUCAGGAAACUUUAUUACCACAAUCUUGAUGCAGACUACGAGAAUUCGUUUGAAUUGGUCGAGGAUGAAACUUAUGGGGACCGCGACCUGGAGACAGCGAGCAAAAGAACAACUGAGUACCUGGACGGGAACCUGGGGUCUGCGUUUGCGGAGCACUACCGAGGGAUUCUGCGUACGGUCUACGACUGUCCACUGACAGUCUCUUGCGUACCCGAUGGAGGAGACAUUCUCGCCUCCCCAUUGAAGGAGGGGCCGAUCUUAGUCGCCCAACAACUUCCCGAAACCUGGCAGGUCGUUUUGGAACGAGAGCCCGCAACAUACCCCUUUCCUCUCCCAGCUCGCCUGUCCUUUGCCGAGGCCAUAACCCCGGUAUCGGCAUAUCUCGCCGUUACUGCUUUCGACGGCCUCGUCGCCUCGGGCUGCGUUGGCCUCGCCAUCGCAAUCUGCGCCACCAAGUUCCCGCGCCUCGUCCUUCUCGCAAAAGCCUCAAUCAUUGCGAAGCUCGUGCUGCACUCGCUCUUUUUAGUCCAAAUGUUCCUAUUACCGGGAAUGGAGGUCCGCCUUAUCUGGGACAUGCUGCAUCUCGCGCUUGUCGCGCUGUAUACCUUUUCAAGAGUCACUAUGACGGGGCCUAGCAAGAUGGACGUUCUGGAUUGGUCAUUUAUUGCGUGGGCUAUGCUGGGCCACUCCGUGGAUUUUGUCGCACGGUUAGGGAUACGAUGGAUCGUGGUGCCCCGGUUGUUUGAAAAGUACCUUUUAUCGUUCGACGGGGAGGCUUUCAGGUCAGAAAGAGAGGAAGAAAACUUUGGUCCUGCAAAGGGGAUGAUUGGGAGAUGGCUUCACUGGGCGCUGUUAAAGCUCGGCCGGCGGCGAGCGGGGUAUCAGACGCAAGUGUAUCACAAUCUGAGUCGGAAUGGAAUGCAAAGCGGGCGCCCGGAGCAACACCUGUUGGGAAAUAUGGGAGGACAAAUCUGAGUAUAAUAUGGGAUGGUGUGGAUGGAUGGAAAGAUAGAUAUAUCACUAGAAACACUGGGAGGCUUUGGGUUCUCUUGGCUGCUGGGGAGC